GGCGGGGACGGCGAUCGCAUCGCCUGCCGCGGCUGCGGAGCAGAUGGGCGCAUCCCUCGGCACUGCUGGAUGAGGCGCUCGGGGUCGGGUUUCUGUAGCCGUCUCCGUGACGGAGGCUGUGCGGGGAGGGGAGGAGCGGGGGCCCUGCGGACGAGCACGGGGUGCUGAUCGGUGCCAGGCGGCCCCCCAAACCCUCGCCGGCGGGGCUCGGACGUGCACGGUGCGGCCAGCCCGAACAGGAGUCCUCCCUUCUCCAGGCGCGUGUUCGUGGGACCCUCGUGGAGGUGGAGGACACCCUGGCGGUCACGGUCCGGUCCCCAGGAUGGCGGCGCGGGACUUUCCUGGUGUGGCCAACUACGCUUGAAACCAGCGCCUGGGAAAACAGCUUGAAACCGUGUCGGAUGCUGAUUCCCGAAGUCACGACUCGCGAGGCAGGGGUGCCGUCGGGGCGGUGUAGGGGUGCCAACCGCGUACGAAGCCCAGCUCGGCCAGGCCCAUUGCUGAGAGGGGUAGUGAGGUGUCUCUCGCGGCGCUGGCCCCGGCACUGCCCUUGUCUUUCGUGUUAGCCUGCGGCUGGUCAUGUAGAAGAGCAGAUUUAAUGUGAAGAUGGGACUGCUGGUGUUUAUGCGUAACCUGCUGCUAGCCCUCUGUCUCUUUCUGGUGCUGGGAUUUCUUUAUUACUCUGCUUGGAAGCUGCAUCUUCUCAGAUGGGAGGACUCAAAUUCAAUGGUUCUUUCCUUUGACUCCGUUGGACAUACAAUAGGCUCAGGAAGGAGAGAGAGAAAAACUGUGACUCUCGUGCUUCCGCCGUCCAACCCAUCACACCCUGCUGCAGACCCAGGAACAGACAGAGCCCAGAAAGAAACCAAAGAACCCAUGGCUGCUGCGGGCCCAGCCAUUCCCAAAUAUGACAAACUGGGCUUUCUCCUGAACCUGGACUCAAAAUUGCCUCCAGAACUAGCAUCAAAGUACGCAAAUUACUCCGACGGGGUUUGCAAGCCUGGGUAUGCGUCGGCGCUCAUGACUGCCAUCUUCCCAAAGUUCUCCAAGCCAGCACCCAUGUUCCUGGAUGAUUCCUUCCGAAAGUGGGCACGGAUCAGGGACUUUGUACCUCCCUUCGGAAUUAAAGGACAAGAUAAUCUGAUCAAAGCCAUCCUGGCAGCAACCAAAGAUUACCGCCUAACUCCAGCCCUUGACAGUCUCAGCUGCCGGCGCUGUAUCAUCGUGGGAAAUGGUGGAGUGCUUGCAAACAAGUCGCUGGGGUUGAAAAUCGAUGAAUACGAUAUUGUCGUCAGGCUGAACUCUGCCCCAGUGAAGGGCUUUGAAAAAGAUGUGGGUGGCAAAACCACUCUGCGGAUUACCUACCCUGAAGGAGCCAUCCAGAAAAUGGAGCAGUACGAGAAGGAUUCCCUCUUUGUUCUGGCCGGUUUCAAGUGGCAAGAUUUCAAGUGGCUGAAAUACAUCGUUUACAAGGAGAAAGUGAGCGCUGCCGACGGGUUUUGGAAGUCCGUGGCAACCCGCGUCCCAAAAGAACCUCAUGAGAUCCGCAUCCUGAACCCUUACUUCAUCCAAGAGGCAGCUUUCAGCUUCAUCGGACUGCCCUUCAACAACGGCCUGAUGGGCAGAGGGAACAUCCCCACCCUGGGAAGCGUAGCAAUAACCAUGGCGCUCCACAACUGCGAUGAGGUAGCAGUCGCGGGAUUCGGCUACGACAUGAGCUUGCCCAACGCGCCGCUGCACUACUACGAAAACAUCAAGAUGUCGGCCAUCAAGGAGUCCUGGACGCACAACAUCCAGCGGGAGAAGGAGUUCCUGCGGAAGCUGGUGAAGGCCCGUGUCAUCACCGACCUCACCAGCGGGAUCUGAGCUGCCGCGGCCACUGCGUAGAAGGGAGGAGACGGGUCGCCGCAGCGCCGGGAGCAGGCUGUGGGGCAGCCCCCACGGGGUCCCAGGAAACAGCGACACAGCCGGGUGCUCCGGGCAGAUUCCCUGGAUUGCCAGGCCGCGCCAACACUGUACCCGCUGUGCCCAGCCCAGGGGCUGCCGGCGGGAGCCGGGGGUGCGUCUGUGAGGGCAGCCCUCGAACUCAGCACCGCAGACAGGACGUCUGCAUCUGGAACUGCAUGGCGAGGACUCCGGAGGGUCCGUGAGCCAGACAACUCGUGCCAAACCCAGCGGCGCUGCCCAGGCAGCAGCGCUGAAUGUACCAAGUAUUAUUUCCUCCCCCCCCAAAAAAACUGCUGCUGAAUCAUGUGACAAGCAGAGCCGGACUGUGCUCUGCCUGCCUGGGAGACUGCCCGUCCGACCCAGACUGGACUCUUGGUGCUGCUACAGUUGGAGGGGACGCGGGGAGAUCCUGGGUGGAGCUGAGCGGGGCUAGCUUGUCUGCGCUCUCCCUGCUCCCCGCGGAGGCAGCCGCGUUCCCACAGCUGCUCGCUUGGACCUGGCUCUGCUCUGGCCUGCCCAGUGGCCAGGUCUCCCCUGCCCCAGCUGCGAUGGCACGAAGGACCCUGGGUCAUUGCGCUGCGGGGCUGCCAGUGGGUGCGGCAUGGGGGCAGGGACCGCGGGCAGCCUGGAUCUCAGCGUCUGGGAGCAGCGUGGCGCUUUGGCUCUGCGGGGGCGUAAUUUAUUUUUGCAAGCGAGUCCAACAUGGCGCUGAGCCACAGCUUUGCUACGUGUCCAGGGCAAGUGCCACACACCUGGGCUUGUGUAGCCCCCCCCAGCUCAUCCCCCGUCUGCCUCCGCAAUGUUGGCUGGGGUGGGGUCUGCUGGGGGGUGGUUGGGAACCUCGGCAUGUCCUCAUCCCUUCCCUAGGUAAACGGCUCGCUUGU